UCUCUUGGUCAUCCCUGUUUUUAUAUUCUUAAUUGCCUUCAGAAGAAAAUUUAACUGAAGAAAGCAAGAAGUUUAUGAAUGAACGAGUAUAAAUUGAAACAGAAACCAUGGCCUGAGGUACCAAAAUCCCCUCUUAUCUUUCCCUGUUUUUUCGGUGCAUAGUAGCUGAAAAAGAUUGAGAUAGGAAUGGUGAAGCUCGGGAUCCCUACAUUAUUUCUCUUCACUAUUUUCUUGGUAGCCCUGCCUAAGACACUUUCCCAACUGCCAAGGUCAAUAUCACCACCCCGUCCACUUUGCGCAACCCAAUUCGCCCUGGUGAACUAUGCAUGUGCCAGAGUGUCAUUUUUCCCAUUGCCACCUCGAACACCUCCCCCACCUCCUCCAUCCCCUCCCUCCCCAGAAGGACAAAAACACGAGCAUAGACACGGUCACAGGCAUAGGCAUAGGCAUGUGCCCCAUGAGACACCUGAUCUACAUAACUGUUGUCGAUGGUUGAAGGAGGUGGAUCAUGAGUGUGUAUGUGAAGUUCUGGUUCACUUGCCCGUCUUCCUUUCCAGGCCUAACCAUGACUACACUGUAAUUGUUGAUGAAACCUGCAGCCACACCUUCACAUGUGGAGGGCGAAUAAUAGGACCAUGAUGCAGCUCAUUUUCAUCUGACUUAGUUUAACUAUUCUAUAGAAUAUUGAAUUAUGGCUAUAUCUGCUUUUAAUUUCGAGUUUGAUGCAACCAUAUAUUGCUAUAUGUGUGUAUGUGUGCGUGUUUUUUUUUUUUUUUUUCAUUUUCAACUUGUUUCUAUAGUUUGAUUGUUGGCUAAGCUAUACUCUCGCUUAAAAUAAUUUAGUUUGUUCAUCAUAUAUAAGUUGCGGCCACUUCUUUAAAUAGUGCUUACCCCGUUUAGAUAGCAGAUGUCUAAUAAGAAUUUGUAGCUGUGCCUGCAACGACCAAGAUAACAAUAAAAGCUAUGAGCUACUCUGGUUCAUAAGUUCUCCUCAUGACAUAAAUGAGAGGGCAUACAAUUGUUUAUUGU